UGUGUCCCAAGCUGCGCACGUAGAGUGGAAGCCAUGGCAACAAAUGAUGCAUCAAAGCUGACCUCGCAAGGGUACCAUGCAUAUCGGAAGGCAAAUGACCAGGUGAAGGGGGCGAAGGCGCCACAAGGAAUCGACGCAACCAUGGCUUUGACAAGCCAAAGCGAUCUGAAGGUUGCAUUCGAAAUGCUGGACGUGAACAAAGAAGGCACUUUGGGGAAGAAGCAGGCCAGGGACUUCCUGCGGUGCGCUGGCUGGUGUUUGCCCGAUGACGAUCUGGAUGCUAUGCUUGUUGGCCAGCUCACCUCAAGCGGUGCCCGGCCAUCCGAGCGGACAAAAUGGAACUUGAAAAUGCUGACAGAUCUCCUGGACCAAAACCAGCACAAGGAGAACUCCAGUGUCUCUGCUGUCCAGCAGUCUUUGCGAAGGCUGGCGAAUAACAGGGCAAAGAUCAGCCGCGAGCGCGUGCUGGAAUUCAUCUCGCAGGACCAUGACCUGACGGAAGCAGAUAUCGAUCAGGUUCUUGGCGCGGUUGGAAUGGGAGGAGCCAAGCUGAUAGACUGUGAUCAACUAGCGGCAAAACUCCUGGAUCGAAUCUGCAACCCGCCCUCGGUGCUUGAAAUGCACGAGUUGGGAACUUGAAUGUAGGCGUACCCGGAAAUGGCAAUCUCUCUGCACAGGCAGGGGCACGAAAAAGAAAGCCCUUAUCUCGAUGUCGCUUUGCCGCGGCUGCGAGUGUACAUAGGCCCUGUCGUAUGCUUGUGAGAGGGCGCGG